AUGUUUGACAACGUGCCGGUUCAGACAGUGUCCGGCGACGGCAGCUACACGGCGGUGCUGGUCGUGCCGACCGGUAUCGGAGCAGCGAUCGGGGGGUAUGCCGGCGAUGCUUUGCCGGUGGCCAGGGCGGUGUCGUCCGUGGUGGACACUUUGGUGACACACCCGAACGUCAUGAACGGCGCGAUGCUCAGCUGGCCCCAGGCGGGGAUACAGUACGUCGAGGGAUAUGCACUUGAUGAGUUCUGCGCGGGAAGGUGGGGCUUGCUACCCGUCACCAAGGGCGGGCACCGUAUCGGCUUGGUCUUGGAUUGCGCCAUCGAGGACGACCUACAGCUCAGACACGUGCAGGCAGCUAAUGCGGCACGGGCGACGCUCGGCAUCAACGUGGCCGAGUACUGCGUGACGGAGAAGCCCGCCGGGGUUACCCUCGAGAUGACCACGGGGGGUGCGAGCUGGGGCACCGUCAAGGGGCUGGACUCUCUCGUGGACGCGGGUAGAAGGCUCGUGGAGGAAGCGGGGUGUACGGCGAUCGCUGUGGUGGCUAGGUUUCCAGAUGACGAAGACGAGGAAGCGUUGCAAGCCUAUAGGGAGGGGCAGGGCGUCGAUGCGGUCGGCGGCGCGGAGGCCAUAAUCUCGCACGUCAUGAGUCAGAAGCUUAAGGUUCCCUGCGCGCACGCGCCCGCCCUGCCCCCGAUCGACGUUGACGAAUCCGUGAGCCCUAGAGCCUGCGCUGAGGAGCUGGGUUACACCUUCUUGCCGUGCGUGCUCUCCAACCUUCAUAGGGCGCCAUCCAUAAUUACGAGCAGAGAGCACCCGAGGGCGGGGGAGGCGCUGUGGGCCGAUGCCGUCGAUGCCGUCGUCGCUCCGGCCUCUGCCUUCGGGGGAGCCGGGGUUCUCAGCCUCGCAGAACAGGCGACGACGCUGUUGAUAGCGGUGGAGGACAACGCCACCGUGAUGAAGGCGGGUGCACGGGCUCUGCUCGGCAGCAGCAGCGUCUCGGAUCGUUGCGUGACGGUCUCAUCCUACCUUGAGGCCGUCGGCGUAUUGGCUUGCCACAAGGCGGGGGUCAACCCCACCUGCUUGACCCCCGAAGUGCCCGCGAUCCGCCGACUGCCGCCAGCGCCGGCGGCAGCAACGGAGGGUGAUGUUGCUGCGGCCCCUGGCGGAGAGGGAAGGAGUGUCGGUGUAGAAGAGGUGCAUUCCGAGAGGUUGCGUGCUUUGGUGGAUGCGUGA